CACAGAAGUUAUCUUAGACCAUUCAGUAGAUACACAUAAAUAAUAAGAGGUGCACGCGUUUAUAAGUUUCUAGUGAACUCAUCCGCGUGUUUUUUGUAUACGUAACGACCUAAACGAUAAUUUGGCUCUUACAAUGAGGGCAAUACUACUUCUUCUCUCAACCUUAUCAGUGGUGUAUGGCUACAAAAUAUUAUGUGUGUUCCCAGUACCUUCUCCUAGUCAUAAUACCCUCGGCAAAGGAAUUGUAAAUGCGCUGCUCAAAGGUGGACAUCAGGUGACUUGGGUCACUCCCUACCCAUUCAAGAAUGAGAAUAAAAACCUUACCAUAAUACCGUCUCGAACAGAAAUGCUUGGAAAAGAUCACAACAUGGCCGAUCCAAAGUACGCUAAAAGUGGCAUAUCCUUCGUGAAACAGUUCGGCAGAAACAUAUCGCAUGCCACCAUAGAAAACGAGUUGUUUAGAAAAGUCCUGAUCAACGAACAGUUUGAUGCUGUUUGUACGGAGUGGUUCUUCAAUAAACUUUUCGCUGGUUUUGCCGCCAUCCAACAGGUUCCUUGGAUCUUAUUAAAUAGUGUGACUUACAACGCAUUCAUGGAGGAAAUAGUGGACGAAGUGCGGUCCUUGUCCACAAUUCCUUUACUUAUUAAUGAUGCUCCGGUACCAAUGAAUUUACUUCAGAGGCUGAAAAAUACUUGGAUUUAUUCUAUGGUGGCUGUCAGUGAAUGGCUGGACAGUUUUUCAGCUCAAGAAGAAUUCGAAACUUAUUUCGCUCCCCUCGCCGCAGCCAGAGGAGUCCCAUUGCCUCUCUUCUCGGAAAUAGAGAAGAACGUAUCCGUGCUCUUUGUGAACUCACAUCCAUCGUUUGAUGUGCCAUUCCCCAUGCCGCCGAAUGUUGUCCCGAUUGCAGGGUACCAUAUACCGGAAUAUGUACCGCCUCUACCCAAUGACCUGCAAACUAUUCUGGACAACUCCCCAAAUGGCGUCGUUUACUUCAGCUUGGGAUCUGUGAUUCAAACAUCAAACCUUCCGGAACAUACCCUCAAAGACCUGAUCAGAAUCCUGGGGGAGCUACCUUAUACUGUGCUGUGGAAAUUUGAGAAGGAGUUCACAGGACUGCCGAAGAAUGUGCACAUUAGGCCCUGGAUGCCCCAGCCAAGUAUUUUGGCACACCCCAACGUCAAGCUCUUCAUCACCCAUGGCGGUAUGCUCAGCUCAUUGGAAUCCCUACAAUUUGGGGUACCACUUCUAGCAGUGCCCGUGUUCGGAGACCAACCCAGCAAUGCGGCCAGGGCUACCAACGCUGGGUACGCGAAGACGGUACCAUUCUCCCAUGAUAUGGGACCGAAACUGCAGGCAGUACUGAAGGAGAUGUUGAGUGACGAUAAAUAUUACAAGCGUGCCAAGUACCUCUCCGCACUGUUCCAUAAUCGUGAGGUGGCACCUUCUAAACUCAUCUCACAUUAUGUUGAAGUAGCCAUCGAGAGCAAAGGAGCAUAUCACCUUCGCUCUCCAACCCGCCUCUACGCCUGGUAUAAACGAUGGAUGUUAGACCAACUCGCUAUUCUUUUAGCAGUGGUCUAUCUUCUAGUGGUGAUAGUGAAGAAGCUUUUCUCACUCGGCUCCUCAAGCAAAGAAAUGAGCAACAUAAAGAAGAAGAGAAAUUAAAUUGGUCGUGGUGCAGUAUUAUUACAAAUUACUGAUAAAUU